UUCCGAAACCAUACAUUGCAUGGUUUAAAUGCCUUCAACCAUUUUCCUCGAAGGUCAACUAUGCCACUAAUUAAGUUUAUCAAAAAUUUCCAAUAACUCAAAUCUCAUUCUCAGAGAACUUUAAAUAGCACCUCACGUUGAGAUAUCUCACCACACAUUUUCCCACAAAAUACACUCUUUGCGUGUAGUUUUUCUGACCCAAAAAUCACAAAAGUGUGCUAGCAGCUAGAGAUAUAGUAUGAUCGGGUUUGAAGAUAUAUCGAAGGUGGUGGUGGGUAUGGUCCCACUCUACGUGGCCCUACUACUUGGUUAUGGCUCGGUGCGCUGGUGGCGGCUCUUCACUCCUGAGCAGUGUGAUGGCAUAAACCGUUUCAUUUGCCUCUUCAUCUUCCCGCUCUUCAGCUUCGACUUCACCGCCAAUGUCGAUCCUUUCCUCAUGAACUACCGGCUGAUUGCCGCCGACGCUGUGUCGAAGGUCAUCACAAUCAUGGGUUUUGCGCUCUGGUGGGCUUGGGCCCGGUUCGGCGCCGGUGGACCCAGGCCUUCGGGAAGCCUGAACUCGUGCGUGACCGGCUUCUCCCUUAGCACACUGACCAACUUGCUCGUCGUAGGUGUCCCUGCGAUGAGCCCAAUGUACGGCCCACUGGGCAUGGACCUUGUCAUCCAACUCUCGGUCGUGCAGUCGCUUGUGUGGUUCCCGCUGCUCCUGAUGUUCCUGGAGUUCCGAAAGACGAGGAUGGAGAGUUUGCAGAUGGCUUCAUCAGGUGGUGUGGGCGCCAACUCGACCUCGAGUGAUGAUCAUCGGCAUGAUCAGACGAAUGAGAGAGACAUAGAGGGAACGGGUAAUCUGGAGGCAGACAACAUGAAUCCUAAUGUCAUUGCCGAGAGAUCGGAUAGUUCCAGCAGGUGGGGUUUCAUGAGAGUGGCAGGAAUUAAGCUUGCCAUGAAUCCUAAUGUCAUCGCCGUCGUCCUCGGUGUUGCUUGGGCUUUGGCAGCACACUGGUUGAAAUUCAAGAUGCCAGGUGUGAUAAAAGGGUCCAUCUCGAUCCUUUCGCGCGCUGGGACGGGCACCGCUAUGUUUAACAUCGGUAUAUUUAUGGCAACCCAGAAGAAAAUAAUAGCGUGUGGGAAGGGGCCCACGGCGUUGGGAAUGAUCCUAAGAUUCAUUGUUGGGCCGGCUGUUAUGGCCUUCAGUUCUUUUGUCAUGGGCUUGCAUGGCGACCCGUUUCGUAUUGCCAUCAUCCAGGCGGCGCUUCCCCAAUCAAUUGCUUCUUUCGUCUAUGCUAAAGAAUACGGAUUGCACGCAAACGUAAUUAGCACCGCGGUGGUAUUUGGAACGUUGGUGUCCCUCCCACUGUUGAUCGGUUACUAUGCAGCUUUGCAGUACUUAUAAGAUCUAUGAAUAAUCAGCUUAUAUUAACUAAUUGUAAUUCUACACUUAGCAAUGAAGGAUGGACGAAUAAAUUCGAUAUCAGCAAGGUCUUAUCUUUGUAACGUUCGAGAAUAUUAUGAUAAAUCCUGGGAGUCUUUAUAUUUA